UUCUCCUGAAUGAAUCCACCGUUGAAUCUUAGUAGAAAGAUGGGCUCGAAAAGCAGAUGAUGCUAUUUCAAACGAAGCGGCAGAAGUGAAAAAUGCUGGUUCUCGUCUUCUUCCUUGUCUCAUUCUUUCUCCUUCUCCUUCUCCUUCUCUUGUUCAGAUUCGCCACAGCUCAUGGGGACUUCACUUUAAUGUCCAAAAAGCAUGUCAAGCGAGAGGAAAUUGAAGAUAAGGUCGUUUGGAUUACUGGUGCUAGCCGAGGAAUUGGAGAGGUUCUUGCAAAACAACUUGCUGGUUUGGGGGCUAAGCUUAUUAUUUCUGCACGGGAUGAAGCUGGGUUAGAGAGAGUGAAGAACGAGCUCUCUGGUAAAUUUGCACCUAAUGAAGUGAAAGUUUUACCCUUAGAUUUGGCAUCUGGGGAAAAUAAGCUGAAAGAGGCUGUAGAGAAAGCAGAAUCCCUUUUUCCUGGCUCUGGUGUGGAUUAUAUGAUCCAUAAUGCAGCUUUUGAGCGUCCGAAAACUACAGCUUUGGAUGUAUCUGAGGAAAGUCUGAAGACAACAUUUGACGUCAAUGUUAUUGGGACCAUUUCUCUCACACGGCUUCUUGCACCUUUUAUGUUACAUCGGGGACGAGGUCAUUUUGUUGUUAUGAGCAGUGCUGCGGGAAAGACACCUGCUCCAGGACAGGCUGUAUAUUCUGCAUCAAAGCAUGCUCUGAAUGGUUAUUUUCAUUCUUUACGAUCAGAGCUCUACCCUAAAGGAAUUAGGGUGACCGUAGUUUGUCCUGGACCAAUUGAAACGUCAACUAGCUCAGGUGCAGAAGCCAUUGGGAAGAAAGGUGUAUCUGAGAAGCGGCUUUCAUCAGAAAGAUGUGCUCAGUUAACAAUUAUUGCUGCUAGCCAUAAUCUAAAAGAAGUUUGGAUAUCAUAUCAGCCCGUCCUUGCUGUUAUGUAUUUGGUUCAGUACAUGCCAACAAUCGGCUACUGGCUUAUGGAUAAGAUUGGUGCAAAUCGUGUUGAAGUGGCUGCUAAGAAGGGCAACACGUACUCGUUGAGUUUGUUAUUUGGAAAAAAGAAGCCGUCUUAAGUAUGACUCAACCAGCUUACUUGAGCAUAGUUCAACCUUGUCAAGACAUGAAUAAGUUCUCUUAAAGUUCAAAGGUUCACACUCAUACUCUUUAAUUGUAAUAUAUAGAUAGAUAGAUAGACACCUACUUGAUCUUCAUUAUGCAAUGCGUAGGUAAUAAGCAUGCAAAAGAGAUGCACCAAGCAUGUUUUUUCCUUUCUAUUUAUAUGCUAAAAACAACGUUAACAUGUGACUUGGGAUCAAUAAGAAAAUACUCCUCGUCUUUAGUCUGGA